AUGGAAGCCCCGGAAGUUCCAGUGGGAUCACUGAUUGACUUCGGGACUGAGCCACCCUCACCUCCCCCGGAGACCCUGCCUCCACAGUUGCGGGAUGCGGACGGCUCGCAGGGGGAUGGUGCAUCGGAGAGUGAGACCACCGAGUCUGCGGACAGUGAGAAUGACAUGGACGAGUCGCUCUCCCACCCGUCCUGGGACCAGUACCGCCGCUCCUCUUCCAAUGACUCCUUCUCCUCCACCCACAGUGCCUCCUCGGCUCAGGACGAGGAGACUGUGGAGCUCCGAGAAUUCAUGUGUAACUACGUGCAGAAGGUCUUCUCCGGAGGGGAGGACCUGGACCAGGAAGAGAAAGCCAAGUUCGGGGAGUAUUGCAGCAGUGAGAACGGGAAAGGCCGGGAGUGGUUUGCCCGCUACGUGAGCGCACAGCGCUGCAACUCCAAGUGUGUCUCAGAGCCCACCUUCUACCGCCUGGUGCAGUCCUUUGCGGUGGUGCUGUUUGAGUGUCACCAGAUGGAUGACUUUGGGCCUGCCAAGAACCUCAUGACCAUGUGCUUCACCUACUAUCACAUCGGUAAGCCGCAGCUGCUCCCCUCUGAAUCCAAGGAGAAGCCCGUGGGGAGCAUCGACUCCUACCUGAAAUCUGCCAACAGCUGGCUUGCGGAGAAGAAGGACAUCGCCGAGCGGCUGCUGAAGAACACGUCAGCGAAAACAGAGAACGUGAAGGGCUUCUUUGGGGGGCUGGAAACCAAGCUGAAGGGGCCCCUGGUGAAGAGAAAUGAGGAAGAUGACAGCAAACCCAAGGAGAAGCAGCAGAAGACAGUGACUGUGUACAGCCCAGAGGAGGAGAGGAAGGGGGAGAAGAUCUACCUGUACACGCACCUGAAGCAGCAGCCCAUUUGGCACACCCUGAGGUUCUGGAACGCAGCCUUCUUCGAUGCUGUCCAUUGUGAGAGGAGAAAGCGGUCUCCCACCACCAGAGGGAAGGCUGGAGAGGAGGAGGACAAGAGGGAGAAGUGGUGCCACAUGACCCAGGAGGAGCGAGACGACAGCCUGCGCUUCAAUGAGAACAUCACCUUUGGGCAGCUGGGCACAUUCACGCACAACAUGCUGGCCUUUGGGCUGAACAAGAAGCUGUGCAAUGACUUUCUGAAGAAGCAGGCCGUGAUCGGGAACCUGGACGAAGAGCAGUACAAGCUGCUCAGUGACCACAUCGAGCAGAUGGCCACAGAGUAA